AUGAAGAGCUCAGAUGAUAGUACACUUGGUCUGGCUGAUGCGGCUGACGCACUUCCUCUGUUACAGCUAGCCACCUUGCUCGUCAGUGCCGUCAGUGCUGUUACAGUGCCCGCAAUAUACGAACGAUCCAACCACCUUCCUACUGUGCGAAAUACACGGAACGUUUCGAAAACCGAGUUCACAUCGAGAAUAUUGGUCAUGGAAGGUCUCCAAAAAAUAGGUGAACAUGAGCACAUGAGCAACCAGGAACGUCUGCAACAACUUCAGGCGCAGGUCAUUUGGCCAUCAAUCGUGGAGAUGGAACCAAGAUCAUUCGUUCCAGACUUUUUGAGAGUCGCAGUCUCUCAUCAGCUGUGCGAUAACCUUCUUGCGCACCCACGAAGAAAACUCAUACAUGAGGGACCAGUUGAAUUAGUAGAGCUCGGCAGAACUGUCAACCGCUAUGCAUUCCUUUUCACUGACAUGUUCGUGCUGUCGACACCAAAAAAAUAUGGAACGGAACAAGAACUGGCAAGGGAUGGACUCCCUGUUUCUGCUGAGCCAGGACUGACUCAUGACAUCCUUGUAUCCCGGAGGUCGGUCCGGCCAAAAGCCUGCAAUCAAGUGACUGGGAGGUGCAAGGGAGGCGGUUUGGAGUCGCCUCCAGCAAAUAAGCUCCACAUGUCCACUCCGGGAGAACAGAAGUUCUCCCAGAAACUCAUGGGACUGGAGGCUUGCAACCUGCUCAUGGGUUUUAAAAUUUUUACGCAAAACACAGAGUCAUGUAGACUACCGAAACGGAAAAGGACUAGGAUGGCGAUCUGUACUUAUAACGCAUCGGAAGCGGCCAUCGAAGAUCUGAUGAUGCAAGCCAAGAAGAUCAAGUACGACGUCAUCGGACUGACCGAGACGAGACGACGUCACCUUCUCAACGCCGUAUAUGAAACUGGAGAAAACUGUCCUUAG